AGAGAGUGAAAGAUGAGAGAAAGGUGGGUUUUGGUCUGGGGAAGGUGACAAAGCGAAUAAUAAUAGUGGAAGAUGAAGAUGAAGAUGAAGAAAAAGAAGGAAAGGAAGAUGAAGAAAAUGAAGAUGCUGAAAUGUUGUCAAAGGAGGAUUGUGUGAAGGAGAUUAUAGCUGUGGCACAAAAGUUUAGUGAUGCUUUUGUUGAAUUUUCAAAGUUGCCAUCGACAAUUUCAAAAAGAUUCCCAAACUCAGAUAUCUUGAAAAAGAUAUACAUGACGACUGCUGAUUACUUCAUCAAGCAAGCUAAUGGCAAAGAGCAGGCCAAUGAGAAUCAGAGAUUGUUUGAGAAGUGCACAUUGGAAGAAGAUGAUGAUUUCUUCAAUGAACCUGGUGUAAUGGAAGCACUUAUAAACCUUGAGAAAGCUGCACUACUGAAAUUCUCAAUGCCUUCAUUUGAUUUGGGCAUUGAGUUUACCAUGUCUCAACCUGAAGCAAAUGCCAAUCCAAAGAAUCAGAAGCAGACUGAUGAAC